UUUGACCAAGAGCUGAGAUGUGCCUUGUUGCUCUAAGUGUAGAUAUACAAGAAUAACUUCGUCAUGUAGUAAAAUAACAUUAGUGUCCCAGCAAGUUGAUUUUAGCUUAUAGGAGCUUUCCCCCUCUGUACUAAUGAGUGAUUUACUCUUGUUGCUUGAGUUACCCUUGUGGCUAGAUAAAUAUGAGGAUUUUCAGUGACGAGAUGUUGCCUAUUGUUUUUCUUAUGUUGCCCUCCUGAAACAAAUCCAGCCCAUCCUAUCCUAGCUGACAGAGUUGGUAAGAAUUGUAUUCCCUCUUCAGCGUGGAUUGCGCUGGUGGCUCUUCUUACUGGCUGCAGUGGGAGGCUCGGAAACAGGGAACAUAGGUAAAGAACAAAUUUGGAGGAAUAACCAAUGUAAGGAAGGCAGGAGGAAUACACAGGGAAGGGAUGAGGAAGUUGUGAAAAAGAACCACUUCUGUGUGGCAUCAAUCCUCAAAAGGUCUGGCUUUUUCUUGGGCCUGCACUAAAAGAAGUGUGAUUAUUCAGUACUGACAAAGCUGUCUGGAUAUGUCUAAGAAAACAACAAGAGGAGCACAGGGAAUAGAGACUAAUGAGAAUGAAAACUUAAAGCAUGGUUUACUACACUUGGCUUAGUGAUUUCUCAUAUUUCUUCUCUUCUUCUCAGUUGUAUAUUCUUCCUUGUGUCAGUGAUUACUUGGCUGCAAGAUUGGCUGGCUCAGGAAAAUACACCCCCAUCUCGUCCCCAAAAGCAUGGCUGUGUCAGAUGAACUCACUGAACAUGCUGGCUUUGCAGCUGUUUGACCAGUCAUUCAGACACAAAAGAAAGUAUUUCCCACGUUCCUUCCCUGUAUGCUGAGAGCAGUGUGAGGGCCCAGAGUGGCCUGCUGCUGAAGCCAGCUGGUGACUCUGCCCAGCGCAGUGCUGGGGUGCUGGGGCUCUGCAGAAGGAGAAGGGCUGGGAGGCUUCAGGAGUUGGUGUGAGCCACAUGAGCAGAACAGGGUGUGCACGGUGGAGGCAGCACUAUCCUCUGAAGGGGCAGUUUUGGGGCUGUUUAGGGGGUGUUUGCUUAAGCAAAUCCCACAAUUGCCCAAGGUGAUGGUCCCUGCCAAACCCUCACUGGAUGUAAAGCUGAGUCUUUAUGGUGGCUUGGUUUGCUCUGCUGUGAUUUACUGUGUGGUUUCAUAAAGCCACGUGAGUGAGCCUCUACAGCAGAGGCUGAGAAAGCCACUGUUCUCAAAAUUGUUUUAGGGAAUUUCAAACUGGAGGCUUCAAAUAGAACAGCUUUGUCUUCCUUGCACACUUGAUCUGGACUUGCCAGCCUGGAGAUAGGUUGGCACUGCUUUUGGCCUUUACUUCUAAAUAGAGAAUUUCAAAAUUCAGAAUAGGUGUUAAGGAUUUUCUUGGACUUAUGCUACAAGAUGAACUAUUUAAGUAUUUUCCUGAAAAAUUAUCCAAGUGAUUGAAAGACAUUAUUUUUAUCACAGACUGAAACGCACAGCAAAUUCUCACUGUCCUCCAUGUUUCCAAGCUUCUCACAUUGUGCUCUUGAGCUGCAUUAGAGCCAUUUACACCAUGCACAAAUCUGUAUUCUGCGACAUCCACCAAAAGAUCAUUCCAGAACAUUUAAAUCUUCCAGUUCUCGUGUAUUCUUUACUCUAGCAGAGAAUCUAGCGCGCAAACUUUGAUGUUCAGUGAUUUUAAGGUGCAGUCGGUUGUGCUGAAAUGCACUGGACAGAGCUAUAAACAGUGAAAUACAUUUUCUGAGUUUUCAUUGUGGCUACAGAGAACCUGGAUUUUCAAUGUGCAGGAGCAGUUUGAGAAUUAAAAGAGCUGGAAUACAGGGAAGCAUUAAGGUGCAUUUCUGAUGGUUCCUGUGUGUACUGCCUGAUCCGUUAGUGCCCAGGGCUUGCAGAGAGCAGCCCAGGGCAGGACUUAGGAAACUGCAGCAUUGGGCUGUGGGGGAUGAGGGUUUGGACAGCCUGGGAAAGAUGUAGGAGCAGUCUCCUGUUCUGAGUGAUGUCUGACUGCUCGGCCACGACACCAGAUACAGGCAAAAUAACUAUGAAUCUAAUUUUUUGGGGGGGAUGAAAUCUGGUUGCUAGUUUUCCAAUAAUGAAUCAGUUAUCCAUACCCGAAUGAGUGAGUAGCACAAGUCCAAAGAGUAUCUUGAGCAGAUAAAUCCCAGUCCUGUGAAAGGAAGAAAGAGGAUUUUUUAUUAACUCCUCUCAACUUCUCACUCAUAUCAGAUUUUAAGGCUCUCACAAAACCUGCUCUUGCUAUUUCCUGUUCCUGUAAGGUGAAGAUGACUUGACCUUGUAAGUUCCUGUCUUUAAGCAGCAUCCCUAGACAGAGCUGCGGUGGUGGGGACUGGGCCCUGGAGAGCUUCUCCCACUCCCUUACUCUCCUGUGCUGUCACCUGGGUCAUGGGCCUGGCACAAGGGCGAGGUUGGAUGAGCAGACUUGUUUAUUAGCUCAAAUGUGUACCUAAGUGUUUGUAGGAUCAGAGCCAACAGUUGCUUAAUGUUGAAAUCAAGAUUAAAAAAAUCAGUAACUUUGCCAGGAAAUGUGUUAAUUGAAGGAACAUCAGUUAAAACAACUGCCUGUGUGAAAGGGUGUAGGUCUCUGAUUACAUCUCUUAACAUUGAGAUAGAUGCACAUUUAACACUGACACCUUCACUAAUAAUUAAUUUGAUUGGUUUUUAUCUGGAUGUUUUUAUUAGAUACUCAAUACUGGGUAUAUUUUCUGUUCCAAUGAAUUAGCACACCUUCCAGCCAGCUCAGAGGGAUGUUUUCUGGACUGGUUUGUUUCAGAAAUCUGCUACAGGUAGGUUGAGAAGUUAUUCAUGGUGUUGGAGUGAGAAGAGAGAAAACUAUGGAAAAGACAAAUCGAGAUUGAGCACAGCAGUAAAACAUUAUGGUUUUGUAGUUUUUAGUUGGUCCAGUUAACCAUUCAUUUAGGCAACAUACUUUCAAAGUGAUCACUUAUGCGGAAUCAGCACUGCAUUUUUGUGGAAUAUAGUAUAUUUUUGGCUUUGUGGCACAUUAUGGAAGCUUGAAAAAAUCAAGUGCUUUUUUUAAAGUAAGUAGCAAAAUAAAGGUGCUUUGCUUUCUCUUAAGUCUUAAAGAAAACUGAAAACUCUCUUACGUUUAAUGGAAUAAAUACUGCAGUGAUUUCAGUGUUUUAAGACAUAACUUAUCUAUUGUAAACUGUAGUUGGAGCUUUGGGAAGAGAAGUAUGACCAUAAUGGCACAUGGUACUGGCUUUGGCUGGGGUGGAGUUUAUUUUUUUCACAGUAGCUGGUAAGGGGCUGUGUCUGGGCCUUGUGCCCAAGGCAGAGCUGGUAGUGCAGGGCUGUGUCAGUCCCUGCUGAGCAGCACCUGCCCAGCACUAGGACUGUGCUGCCCCUCGCCUGCCCUUCAGCCGGCAAGGGAGGAGGCACAGCUGGACAGCUGACCUCACUGACCGGAAGGGCCAUCCCAGCCCAGAGGGCAUUGUGUCCAGCAGUAGCAGCUGGUGGAAGGAGGAGGAAGGUGGACCUUUGGAAUGAUGGCAUUUGCCUUUCCCAGCCACGCAUGCUGGAGUCCUGCUCCAGGAUGGCUGGGCACCUCCCUGCCCAUGGGAAGCGGGGAAUGAAUUUCUUGCUUUGCCUUACUUGCCCAUGGAGCUUUCCCUUUUUCUAUUACACUGCUUUUAUCUCAACUCAGGAGUUUUUGCACUUUCACCCUUCUAUUCUCUCCCUAUCCCGUGGGAAGAGGGGUGUGAGCGAGAGGCCCUGUGGGACUGAACUGCCCACUGGGUUUAAACCACAACACCUCUAAGUAGUUAAUUGAUUUAAAGCUGCAAACAUGCAUAACUGCAUAAUUGAGAAUUCUAUACUACUUUCUCUGUUACUUAAAAGCUUGUCUUUAUUAUUGUCCUGUAUUUUGUACUUCUCUCCUGGAAAUCCCAAACCAUGGCAGGCAUUGCCCUGUUACGUACAGGUGGAGACACAGUGGGAUACAUGGACCAACAAGCAGCCCCUUCUGGGAGAAGCGCAUUUGUAACUUGCAAAAUGCCAGCCCCUGAGCAGACCUCAAUGGUGGAGGAGGGGCUGCCACAGACAGCGCAGGAGACUUCCACGGGCCCAGGCAUGGAACCAGAGACUACUGCCACAACCAUUUUAGCUUCUGUAAAGGAACAGGAGCUUCAAUUUCAAAGACUUACCAGAGAACUGGAAGUGGAAAGGCAAAUUGUGGCUAAUCAGCUAGAGAGAUGUAGGCUUGGAGCAGAGUCACCAAGUAUCGCCAGCACAAGCUCUACUGAGAAGUCAUUUCCUUGGAGAUCCUCAGAUCCUCCGCCCAGCAGUGUAAGCAAACCCCAGGUGUCAGAGGGUGUUCACACCAAUGCCUAUGAUACUAGGACAGAAGCAGAGCAAGGGACUCUCUACUCACCAGAGCAGACAUCUCUCCAUGAAAGUGAGGGGUCUGUAGGUAACUCAAGAAGUUCAACACAAAUGAAUUCUUAUUCUGACAGUGGUUACCAGGAAAUAAGCAGUUUCCAUAACAGCCAAAACUUGAACAAGUCAGAGAUCAGACAGCAGCAUUCCCUUGGUGGACCUGCCAACAACCAUGUGGUGAGGAGCUCACGCGCUGAAGGGCAGACGUCAGUCCAGCCUUCAGCAAAUACUGCUACCAACCGAGUCAUGAGACGGGUCAGUUCGGUGCCAUCCAGAGCACAGUCUCCCUCCUACGUGGUCAGCACCGGCGUCUCCCCGUCGCGGGGGUCGCUGCGGACAUCUCUGGGCAGCGGGUAUGGUUCUCCCAGCGUUGCUGAGCAGAGAUCCCUGGCUUCCCACGCAUACUCAUCCACCACCCUGCCCGUGCAGCGCGCGGGGUCCCCGUACACUGGGCACCGACCUGCCUCCCCCUCGGCCGUGCGGCGCGUCGGCUCGCUCACCUCUCGGCAGGCAAACUCCAGCAGCGGCACUGCCCAGUACCAGACAGCAGGCAGAGUUGGCUCUCCUCUUGCCCUUACUGAUGUGCAAACCAGAGUGGGAUCUCCAUCCCAAACUCAGCUGGGAUCCUCUUCCCCGAAGCGUUCUGGCAUGACGGCAGUUCCACAGCACUUGGGAACGACGCUGCAGAGGACAAUUCAUGACAUGGAACAGUAUGGACAGCAGUAUGAUAUCUAUGAGAGGAUGGUCCCCCCACGGCCAGAUAGCCUCACAGGCCUGAGGAGUUCGUACGCGAGCCAGCACAGCCAGCUGGGGCAGGAGCUGCGCUCGGCGGUGUCCCCAGACAUGCACAUCACCCCCAUCUACGAGGGCAGGACGUUCUACAGCCCCGUGUACCGCAGCCCCAACCACGGCGCCGUCGAGCUGCACCACGGCUCCCAGGCCGCCCUGUUCCGCACCGGCUCCGGCAUGGGUAACCUGCAGCGAUCCUCCAGCCAGCGUAGCACCCUCACAUACCAAAGAAACAACUACGGGCUGCCCCCGGCGGCCGCGCUGGCGGAGCCGCUGCGGGCGGUGCCGUUCCGGCUGCCCGAGCCCAGCUACGGCCGCCUGCAGCCCGCGCCCGACGGCGGCACCACGCGCUCGCCUUCCAUCGACAGCAUCCACAAGGACCCCAGGGAGUUUGCGUGGCGAGAUCCAGAGCUGCCUGAGGUCAUUCACAUGCUCCAGCACCAGUUCCCGUCGGUGCAGGCAAACGCAGCUGCCUAUCUGCAGCACCUCUGCUUUGGGGAUAACAAAGUGAAAACAGAGGUGUGUAGGCUAGGAGGUAUCAAGCACCUGGUGGAUCUCCUGGAUCACAGAGUCCUGGAGGUUCAGAAGAAUGCCUGUGGUGCGCUGAGGAACCUCGUUUAUGGGAAGUCCACUGAUGAGAACAAAAUAGCCAUGAAGAAUGUGGGAGGGAUACCGGCCCUUCUGCGGCUGCUGAGGAAGUCUGUCGAUGCCGAGGUCAAAGAGCUGGUGACAGGGGUUCUCUGGAACUUGUCUUCAUGUGAUGCCGUGAAGAUGACAAUCAUUAGAGAUGCUCUGUCCACGCUGACAAACACUGUGAUAGUGCCCCACUCGGGAUGGAACAGCUCCUCCUUUGAUGACGAUCAUAAAAUGAAAUUUCAGACUUCCCUCGUUCUGCGCAAUACAACAGGAUGCCUGAGGAACCUGAGCUCUGCUGGGGAAGAGGCACGAAAGCAGAUGAGAUCCUGCGAAGGACUGGUCGAUUCACUGCUCUAUGUGAUCCACACCUGUGUGAACACCUCAGAUUAUGACAGCAAGACAGUGGAGAACUGUGUGUGCACCUUGAGGAACCUUUCCUACCGCUUGGAACUGGAGGUACCUCAGGCGCGGCUGCUGGGAAUCAAUGAACUGGAUGACUUGUUGGGAAAAGAGUCACCCAGCAAAGACUCAGAGCCAAGCUGCUGGGGGAAAAAAAAGAAGAAGAAAAAAAAAACUUCCCAGGAGGAUCAGUGGGAUGGAGUUGGCCCUAUCCCAGGAUUUUCCAAGUCUCCUAAAGGGGUGGAGAUGCUCUGGCACCCAUCGGUGGUGAAGCCAUACCUGACACUCCUGGCAGAGAGCUCCAACCCAGCCACUCUGGAGGGCUCUGCAGGAUCACUCCAGAACCUUUCUGCAGGCAACUGGAAGUUCGCAGCCUACAUCCGCGCUGCCGUGAGGAAGGAGAAGGGGCUGCCCAUCCUCGUGGAGCUGCUGAGGAUGGACAACGACAGAGUGGUGUCAUCUGUGGCAACUGCCUUAAGGAACAUGGCCUUAGAUGUCCGGAACAAGGAGCUUAUCGGUAAAUACGCGAUGCGAGACCUGGUCAAUCGGCUCCCAGGAGGCAACGGCCCAAGCAUCCUGUCGGACGAGACGGUGGCCGCGAUCUGCUGCGCCCUGCACGAGGUCACCAGCAAGAACAUGGAGAAUGCCAAGGCCCUUGCCGACACCGGUGGGAUAGAGAAGCUGGUCAACAUAACAAAGGGAAGAGGUGACAGGUCCUCACUGAAGGUUGUCAAGGCGGCAGCCCAGGUACUGAACACGCUGUGGCAGUACCGAGACCUCCGGAGCAUUUACAAAAAGGAUGGAUGGAAUCAAAGUCACUUUAUUACACCAGUAUCAACACUGGAACGAGAGAGAUUCAAAUCCCAUCCUUCUCUAUCCACAGCCAAUCAGCAAAUGUCACCUGUCAUGCAGUCAGUUGGCAGCACGUCCUCAUCUCCAGCUUUGUUGGGAAUCAGAGAGCCUCGGUCCGAGUACGACAGGACGCACCCUUCUAUGCAGUAUUACAGUAGCCAGGGCGAUGUCAUUGCACAUAAAGACAUCUACACUGGUUCCAGCAAAGCUUCACCAAUUUACAUCAGUUCCUAUUCCUCACCAGCGAGAGAACAGAACCGACGGCUGCAGCAGCAUCAGCAAUUGUACUACAGCCAAGAAGAUACCACCAGGAAAAACUACGAUGCCUACCGAUUGUACCUGCAGUCCCCACACAGCUACGAGGACCCUUACUUUGAUGAUCGAGUUCACUUUCCUGCUACUUCAGAUUACACAACACAGUAUGGACUGAAAUCAACCACCAAUUAUGUAGACUUUUAUUCCACCAGACGAUCUUCUUACCGAGCAGAACAGUACCCAGGCUCUCCUGACUCCUGGGUGUAGCAACAGAGAGAAGAAGCCAGCGUGCUUCUCGUCUGGCUUGAGAAGGACUGGAAUGGCCCCAUGUUGUUUUGGUUAUGAAAGUGAAAGAAAAGAAGGAAAAAAGGACGAAUUUUUUUUUUUUUUUUUUUUUUUUUUUUUUUUUUUUUUUUUAAUGUUUUUUGAGGAAUUGUCAGGAGAAAAAGCUGGCAGGGAUGGUUUUGCUCUGCUUAGGUGUUAGGUAUCAUAACUUGUAGCUCCUGUAGUCUGGUGAGGGUGUGGGCGAUGUGAUGAAAGGUUUGAGAAUCGAGUAUGAUGAAUUUGGAAAGUGUGUGUAGGUCAGAGCAAAUUAAAGCUGAUUUUUUUAAUGUGAAUAAAAGUCUUGUUCUGAUAGUUUGUACAGAAAAAAUCCAAUGGCUGCCCUUGUUUUAUUGCUGUUACUGAAUGUCAGGAUUGUAUGCUACUGCGUCAUGUAAAUUUCUUCGUUGGUGUAAAUAUGGAAAUGCCACGUUGGUCUCAAGUGCCAUCCAUUUGUAAUGCAGUGUGUCAUUGGAAAAGGAAUUUGAAACAUCAUGCACAAAAAAAACCCAAAACCAAGAAAUUGUUAUGAAUUCUAAGAGGAAAAUAGCCCAGACUUUAAAAAAUGAAUAGUGUAAUUUUGAAGCACAAAGUCCGGUCCAGUAUAUCCACAUCUCUCCCAUUCCCUGCCUACUUCAUAAGGAACUUCACUGCCAUUUUCUAUGCACAUGGAAUAACAAUAAAUAUGGAAGUCUCAUCCAUGGAAA